AAAGCAAUAUGUUUUCCCACUAAAGGAGUAAAAAGACUAACAAAAAGAGAAACCAAAAAUCAAAUCUCUCUCAAAAAUCAAACGCUUUGUUGUACUUUACUCCUCUCUCGCCGGAGAGAUGCAACGGUUGCUUCUACCUUUACUCUUCCUUACACUGUUACAGCCGGCGAUUUCUCAUUACUCUUCGUCAACCUCUUCACCUUCUUCUUCCUCCGUAUCUUCCGACGCCUCAGAAUGGCGGCCAGCUCGAGCCACCUACUACGCGGCGACGAAUCCUCGGGACGCGGUGGGCGGUGCGUGUGGGUACGGAGAUCUCGUCAAAUCUGGAUACGGAAUGGCUACGGUUGGUGUGAGCGAGACUCUGUUUGAGCGUGGUCAGAUCUGUGGUGCUUGUUACGAGCUCAGAUGUGUUGAUGAUCUCCGUUGGUGUAUCCCUGGAACUUCUAUCAUUCUCACCGCUACUAAUUUUUGUGCUCCUAAUUACGGAUUUGAUCCAGAAGCUGGUGGUCACUGUAAUCCACCCAACAAACAUUUCGUGCUUCCCAUCGAAGCGUUUGAGAAGAUCGCUAUUUGGAAAGCUGGCAACAUGCCGGUGCAGUAUCGGAGGAUCAACUGCAGAAGGGAAGGGAGCAUGCGGUUUACAGUUGAUGGUGGGGGCAUUUUCAUCUCGGUUCUUAUCACCAAUGUUGCGGGAUCCGGUGAUAUAGCUGCUGUGAAGAUCAAAGGGUCGAGAACCGGGUGGUUACCUAUGGGUCGGAAUUGGGGACAAAAUUGGCAUAUCAAUGCUGAUCUCAAGAACCAAGCUCUCUCAUUUGAGGUAACUUCUAGUGACAGGUCAACCGUGACAUCUUACAAUGUCUCUCCUAAAAACUGGAAUUACGGACAGACCUUCGAAGGGAAACAAUUCGAGACUCCGUGAGACAAACACGGGUUUAUGGAGAUAUCUCGUGAUUCUUUUUUCCUGGUCGGAAUUUUUUUGAUGGCAAGUAUAUCGAUCUUGGUCUAAGGUUAUCUUCUUAGGGUUGAAAAGGAAGGAACUUGGGUCAGACUUUUGCAUUUCAUCGUCUCUCUCUUUUCCCACGCAUAGGUACAAAUAUCACCAAUGUACUAAGAACAGUGAUCACACAAACAUCACUACUGUAUCUAUUUGUUUACAAUACUAAAGGAGCUUAAGCUUCCUUUCAAAUGCUUAAAGCUAAUGAUGAGCAUUGAGUCUUGCAGUU